CGCUCCACGCCGACAGCCUCUCGCCACCGCCACCACACUCCGGUCCGCACUCCGCCCCAACCUACAUCCCAAAUGGCACCCAAGAAGGACGCCAAGAAGCCCGCGGCUCCUGCUGCUGCUCCUGCCCCGGCAGCGGCAGCGCCCCCCGAGCCCGUCAAACCCAAGGAGCCGGCCAUCGACUUGUCCUCAGUCAAGAUCGAGUUCAGUGCGGAUCAGCAGGAAGACUUCAAGGAGGCUUUCCUCCUGUUUGACAGGACUGGCAAUUCCAAGAUCACCUUGGUCCAGGUUUCAGAUGUCAUGAGGGCUCUCGGCCAGAAUCCAACUAACGCUGAAGUGAAGAAGAUCCUGAGUAACCCCAGUGCGGAGGAAAUGGCCAACAAAGCCAUUGAUUUUGACCAGUUUCUUCCCAUGCUCCAGACCAUGGCUAACAACAAGGAUCAGGGAUCCUACGAGGACUUUGUUGAGGGUCUGCGCGUGUUUGACAAGGAAGGCAAUGGCACAGUGAUGGGCGCUGAACUCCGCCACGUUCUGGCCACACUAGGUGAGAAGCUGACAGAAGAACAGGUGGAAGAACUGCUGAAAGGCCAAGAAGAUGCCAAUGGCUGCAUCAACUAUGAAGCUUUUGUCAAACACAUCAUGUCUGUUUAAAAUGGAUCUCCAAGAAUUGAUGCACAUGGUUCUAAGUCACUGAACACCUGACGCAGCCAAGAUAUCACAACAUGGAACUGUCCCAACUGUGCAAUUGGUCUACUUUCAGGCUGCACAAGAACUGCUUUUUUUACAUAUCCAAUGAACUAUGUUUCAACCAACAAAAAGGGGAAAAAAGAAAAGAAGAUAUUUUUGGUACCAAACCGGAUGGAUAAAACUGCUUAGUUUGUCCACGAUGUUUGAUGUGGUUGAAAAGUGCGCAGGGAAGUCAGCAUCCAAUAAAGGCUCGUGGUCAGUC